AUGGAGCUUAGCGAGGAGAUAACCAGUCCCUUGUCUAAUGUCCAGAGUCCCAAGAAUGUGAGCACUCGCAACAGUGAAAAUGGGCUCGCUCCUCAAAAUCUCAGCGCGACCAGAGAAGUCGACGAAGGCGAAGUUCCAAACUCAAACCCGGUCUCUGGAACCAGGCUACGGCUCACUCUGUUAGCUCUGAGCUUUGUCGUGAUCUUAGGAGGAAUGGACUUCUCCAUAAUCGGGGUUGCAGUACCGGCAAUCACCCAGCAAUUUCACACCAUAUCGGACGUAGGUUGGUACAAUGUUGCUUACCGACUCACUGCCUGCUCUUUUCAAUUUACGUGGGGACAACUAUACAGUCACUUCUCCGUUCGAAUAACCUUUCUGGGCGCAAUCGUCAUAUUCUUGUUGGGUUCCAUUUUGUCGGCAGCAGCAACGUCGUCAGCAAUGUUUGUAGCAGGACGUGCAAUCACUGGCAUAGGCUCCGGGGGGAUACUAGGCGGUACUUUCACUGCCCUAAUGGUAGUUGCGCCUCUACGUCUCCGCCCAGUGCUGAUCAGCUUUCUCACUGGUCUAGAAGCCGUUGCAAUUAUUGCGGCUCCGAUAUUGGGUGGUGCUCUCACGGAAGUUUCCUGGCGCUGGUGCUUCUACAUCAAUCUCCCUAUAGGUGGAUUAGUUCUGGCCUCUCUCGCCAUAUUUCUUCCAGAUUCUCGAUCUAAUUCAACAAAUGAGACCCUCUCUUGGAAGAAGCUUUUCCAUAAGGUCGACGCUACUGGCAACUUUUUCUUUAUAAUUUCCGUCACCUGCUUAUUCCUGGCACUGACGUGGGCUAACACGAAGUAUACGUGGUCUAGUGCUGCGAUUAUUAUCUUACUAGUUGUGUGCGCAGGUUGCCUAGCUAUCUUCAUUUACGAUCAAUACAAGCAGGGCAGCUCCGCAUCAAUCCCACCUCGCAUCCUGAUGCAGAGAAGUGUCAUGGCUGGCGCGCUAUUCAGCUUCUGUCUCAAUGGUGCUUUGGGAGUGUUACAAUAUUACAUUCCUAUCUACUACCAGAGUGUCUUAGGGUACAGCGCAUUGAAGUCCGGGUAUAUGAUGCUUCCUGUCACUAUUGGCUUCAAUAUUGCUCUUAUUAUUCAGGGAAUAUUUACGGUUAUCCUAGGAUACUAUACGCCGUUUAUGCUCAUGUCUUCCAUUUUGAUGCCUGUUGGGGCCGGUCUACUCACUACCUGGACAAUCACAACGGACUUGUCACGGCAUAUUAUUUACUCCGGUAUAUUCGGCUUCGCAUGUGGUUUGGCAUUCGAGAUACCGCAAAUUGCAGUACAGACAGUGCUUGAGGAAGAUGAUGGUCCCCUGGGUUUAUCUAUUACACUGUUUGCGCAGAAUUUCGGAGGAGCUUUGUUUAUCUCAGUUGCUCAGCAAGUCUUUACCAGCGAAUUAUUAUCAAACUUACAGGGAUCGAUACCUGGUGUGAACGCAACCACUAUCGAGGCCCUGGGGUUUACUGAUUUGCACUCUGAUCCAUUAGGAGAUAAUUCUCCAGAGAUAAUUGCUGGCUUGGAAAAUGCGUUCAUACGGAUCUGGGAUAUUGGCUUGGUGCUCUCGUGCAUUACAAUCCUUGGGAGUUUGGCAAUGGAAUGGCGCUCUGUUAAAAAGGAAUCGAAAGUCAAUUAG